CUAUUAAACAGUUGUCCGGUGAAGUUUCGUUGCGAGUCCCCAUAGUGGUUUGGAAUUAGUUUUCUAUAAAAUAUAUUUUCAAUAACAAGUGAUACAAAUCUUUUAAAACGUUUAAUAAUGUGUAAUAAUAAUUUUAGUGUUGCUUACGUGUAUUAAUUGUUAUCAGUGCGUAGCAGUUAUUAAUGUGUUUACGAUCACUGAAAUGUUCUUUGACAUUGAUUUACUUAACAAUCUCACAAGCAUGUCGUCGGUCCGAUGACGGGAGUUUGAAAAUUUCUUAUGAAAUCACCUAAAUAACGCUUAGAACACUAAUUUAACAUGUGACUUUAUGUGAUAUUUAAAUAAUAAUUUUUUAUAAUAUUUUAUUUGAUUGUGUUUAUACGUAUGCUGUUCAAUGGAUACCGACAAUAACAAAAUCACAAAGAAUAAAUCGAAACGUAAUAGGAACAAAAAUGCGAAGAAAAAAGAAAUGGAGAGAAAAGACGAGGUGGUCGUAGAUAAGGUUGCAAGUGAUGUUAAGGGGGUCGAUAAUGAAGUCAGUAUAAGUGGAUCGCCAAGCUCAACGGAUAGCGAAGAUCUAGUCAACGCCAUCAACUACAACACCAUCACGUCCUUAGCUGCUUUGAAAGAUAUCAUUCAAGGGGAAAAUAAUGACACUCCAGAAACGGACAGCUUUUUUCAACACUAUUUUAUGAAUCAUUGUAAUAAUUUAUCCAGUCGGAAUUCUAAUUCUACGUCACCUUUCCCAUAUACUGAAAGGAGACGCCUCUCGCAAUGUCGCGAGGAAGAUGAAGACGAUUAUAGAAAAGAUAAUUCUGUUUCGAAUUCCCCAUCGAAAGCUUUACAUUUAUCAGAUUCUAAUAAAAAUGACUAUAAGUUGAACAAAUCUCCACAUAAAACGGAAAGUCUGAAGAUAGACAAUAAGGAAGAUAAAGAAUCUUCAAAGCGGACGGUGAUGGGAGCUAAGCACAAGUUUUUGGUAACGACAGCGGAAACUCCACCAGCAAAACUAGAGCGUGCUUUUCGAACACAAGUUAACAACGCUCACACAGUUCAUUUUGGAACAAAGGGUGCGGAGGAGUUAAGACCGAGUGUGAGAUCAAUAUUUGCCGCCGAAAAUCUCCACCGGGACAAGAACUAUUUCGAUAGCAGCUUGAUCGAAAUAAGAUCGACUGUGGACGGAGUAGCGACAAGCUCAGAAGAUAUUUGGGUCAAGAGGACUAAUGACAAACAAGUUGUAUUGCCAAAAGAAGACGUAGCUACAACUGAGGAUGAAAGAAAGAUUCAACUAGCAGUAGAUACAGAAAAACCAGAUAAAGUGGAGACACAACGCGCGAGAUCAGGAACCUGGGGCUCGCAGUCUCGUAAAGAGAAAGAUAUAAUAAAAAUAACCGAUGUUCAAAAGUUGAAGGAGAUUCGACGAUAUAGCGAUGACAGACGCCAAAAGAGAGAGCAACGCUUGGACGCCGCAAUCACAAGAAGCACACAGUCAGUGGGUGAACGCAGACGCCGAGGGUCCGCAGACGAUGGCCAUUCGCACCAGUUUUAUCAACAAACAAUACAUGGAACCUCCGGGGUGAGCCGUAGACCGGCUUUGUUUGAUAUUUUCAAAUCGCGUCCGCGCGGCGCUGAUUCUAAGAAGCAACCGAGUUUCAUGCAACAAGUGAAAAAUGCUAUGCAGAAUAUGACAAAAGCGAAAGAGCCCAUUAAAACGGACACAAAACAAGAUUUAACAAAGCCGGACGGUGCUGCAAGUUCGACUACUGCUUCGACUAGCAAAGUUAAGGAUGGAUCUGCGCACCCGCACCCUGGGAGUGACACUAAGUACUACCACACAAUCACGGUGCCGAGCAAUCGUAGGCCGAGCGCCAUCAAUAAAGUGAUGGAUCUGUUCCGAGGACGGGCUUCCAUACCAGGACAGCCAACUGAAGUCACGGAGAAACGGCAGAGGAGGGCGGUUGCUCAGCCACACCACCAUGCAGGUGCGCACCUCCGUCGUACAACAUCGCAAGAGGCGGAGAGGCGGCGUUCCUCGUUGGGCAACGUGCCGGCGGCGAGGCAUCGUGCCUCGGACGCCUCGCUGGACCCCCACCACGCCGCUAUUUUGUUCCGGGAUGCUAGAGGGCUGCCGGUAGUGGAUCCGUUCCUGGAAAAAGUUAAUCUUUCUGACCUGGAAGAGGACGAAUCGCAGAUAUUCGUGAAGUUCUUCAAGUUCCACAAGUGCUACGAUCUGAUCCCUACGUCGGCGAAACUGGUCGUCUUCGACACGCAACUGCUUGUUAAGAAGGCGUUCUUCGCACUUGUAUAUAACGGCGUUCGAGCGGCGCCGCUAUGGGACUCCCAACGGCAGCAGUUCGUAGGCAUGCUGACGAUCACCGACUUCAUAAAGAUCCUGCAGAUGUACUACACAAGCCCAGACGUUACUAUGGACGAGCUGGAAGAACACCGACUUGAGACUUGGCGCCAGGUCCUAAAGGGAUCAGUGGUGCCUCUAGUGUCGAUUGGUCCGGACGCGUCUCUGUACGAAGCCAUCCGGAUGCUGAUCAUGAACCGGAUCCAUCGGCUGCCGGUGAUCGAUCCGGAGACCGGCAACGUGCUGUACAUACUCACGCACAAGAGGAUAUUGAGAUUCCUCUUCUUAUAUAUAAACGAGCUGCCAAAGCCCAAGUACUUACAGAACAAGCUUCGCGACCUGAAGAUCGGUACAUUGAAUAACAUAGAGACGGCAACAGAGGAAACUUCUAUAAUAGAAGCUCUGAGGAAGUUUGUUAAUCGUCGCGUAUCAGCCCUCCCGCUUAUUGAUGCUGAGGGCCGACUCAAGGAUAUAUACGCCAAGUUUGAUGUUAUUAACUUGGCCGCCGAGAAGACAUACAACAAUUUGGAUGUAACACUGAAGAAAGCCAACGAGCAUCGCAACGAGUGGUUCGAGGGCGUGCAGAAGUGUAACCUCGAUGAAACGCUCUACGAAGUUAUGGAGAGGAUUGUGAGGGCUGAGGUGCAUCGUCUGGUGGUAGUCGACGAAGAGGACAAAGUGACGGGCAUAAUAUCGCUCUCCGACCUGCUCAUGUACCUCGUACUGCGUCCAACCGGCGAGUGUGAAGGCGCGAGUCUACGCAACGAGCACGCACCAAUCGAAGAGCGGGACGAAGCGAGCGAACCCAACGCGCCAGACAAGGACGACAAUACACCGCCGGAGACAGCCGAACCCGCACAAGAACUGGACGAAGACGGGCAAGAACUAUACGACGAAGCAACCGGCACCAGUUAAGUUAGUUACCGGAGUGGUUCUUGUAUUGCGUUCGUUGGUUUGUAGAAGGUGGAAGUGUUGUUUUUUUGUAUUUAUCAAUCAAACCCUACAAUUUACAUAUCAUGUGUUAAACCGCUUUGUGAUACCACAACAUGCCUAAGUUAGAGAUUUUUUCGACGAAUGUUCUUUUACUUGCCAUCAACACGUUUUUAUCAUGUGCAAUUUUGCUACUUGUACGGUUAAAAUGAUGAAUUUACUUUUAAAAUUCUGCAAUUAUCACAAACAUCACGUUUUAUUGUACACCCUUCUAUUUUAAUACGCAAUAUUUUAUCGCCCUUUUACUUUUUUUUUACCUUUUUUUUUAAAUUUUCAAUAAUUUAUACACUUAUAUGGACAUUUUAUCGGCCAGUCCGUUUAGUAACUAAUCAGUGUAUUUUGGAUAGAAAUAUCAAUAAUCUUUGAUGUUAGAACGUUUUUAACUAUGUGUAAUUUUUACUAAGUGUUCGUUAUUGAAUGUUGCAAACCUCAUAGCGCAAAAAUUAUUUUAGCAAUUACAGUUUACCGUGGUAAUGCACAAAUUAUAUUAUGUGUACUCAGUAUAUUUAUGUGUGUAUUUUGAACUAUUUACCAUUAUAUAAUAAUAAUAAAAUAAUUAAUAUUAGAUAGUUUACCCUGUUAACUUCAUCCUAACGCCGGCCCUGCCGACAUGCACAAAUACAACGAUGACGCAACAAGGACGUCACUUCAUGUUUAAUGUAAUGCUAGACUCUAAGAUAAUCGUUAUUUUUCGAUAUAUUUAGUAACUAAAUUCUGUAAAGGCCUGCAUGUGCAAUAAAUUUGAUCAAAGUCGAUUUAUGAUAAGAAAUCACUUCAUUAAAAAAAAUCAUCAGUAGGUACUUAAUGUUUGUGUUGUGGUAAUAUGUACAAGGCUUAAUUUAUGUAUCUUUACUUCUCUUAUGUAAUAUAAUACCUAUUUAAUGGCCUGUAUGUACUUUUUAGACGGGAAAUAUAUGUGUAUACUUAGUUGAGCCAAUUUAAUAGGCAACAUUUGACGUCUAUCAAUUUUAUCUUCGAAGAGAUGUAACUUGUAUAAAAACAUCGAUUAAAGUGAAUUAAUCGAUACGGAU